UACGGUUACGUGUAAAGUUGAAUGUGUGCUUGCAGAUCAAGUCUCACCACAAAUUGAGUUACGAAGCAUUUGCCGAAUUCGUGCCAGCUCCAAAAAGUACUUUGAUAAUUGAUCAAACGUUCACUACUUUAUUUUCGCAGAUUUGAAAAAAAAACAAGACAUGGCCGCUAGAGAUCCUGUUCCUUCUGUGGUUGACCGGGAAGACUUUAACGCAGAAGUGGAUGCUAUCGCGCUCUACUGUGCCAUGAAGGGAGCAGGCACUGACGAGGACCUCAUCAUCUCCAUCAUCUGUGCUCGUUCCUAUGGACAACUGAAGAAGGUGGAGAAGGUGUACCAGCAGCUGUACGGGAGACUGCUCAUAGACGAUCUGAAGGGGGACCUGAGUGGCUACUUUGAGAAGCUGUCUCUCGCUCUAUUCAUGUCAAACAUAGAACAGGAUGUGGUCAACCUCAAGGAAGCCGUCGAUGGUGCUGGAACUGACGAGGAUGCAAUUGUGGAAAUUCUAUGCACACGGGACAAUGGGGAGAUCGAACUCAUCAAAAGGCUCUACAAAAAACGGUACGGAGUGAAGUUGGUGGCGGACAUGAAGGGAGAUACUUCGGGGGACUUUGAGAGGAUAGUGGUGAGCAUGUGUACCGGCAUGCGGGACGAAAGAGGAGAAGAAUUGGGAGAGGAGCAGGCCACCGCCAUCGCUCAGAUAGGGUCGAAUGAGGUGGUCUUCAACAAAGUGUUCUGCAGAAGGGGCUUCCACCAGCUCAGAGAGAUAUUCGCAGCCUACACUCAGUUCCACGAGGACGGAAUUCUAGACACUAUUAGCAAUGAGUUCAGUGGCUGCACUGAGAAGGCAUACAAAGCCAUAGCGAUCACCGCUUUGGAGGGAAGAGAGGCUUUCUUUGCAGAGAAACUUCACUCUGCAAUGCAGGGUCUGGGCACAGAUGAAGACCGUGUGUUGCGCCUGAUGGUCUCCCGAUCCAGACAGGAUCUACUCACUGUGGCCGAGAGGUUCCAGGAGAAGUACGAGCAGAGUCUGGAGGAGUUUGUAGAUGAUGACAUCUCCGGAGACUUCAAAGCAGCUCUACUGGCUCUGGUCAGGGGAAACAACUACUGAUGAGCUACUCUAUAAACGAAACCACGAAUUUUGAAAUAAAUUUAUACUAUGUAAAUCAGAAGCAAAAAUCGAUACUAUAAAAUAAAAUCUC